AUGGCCUUACUCAGAGUGUCCUCUUACCGUAAGCUGUUUGAUGAUGUUACCUGGAGUCUAAAUGGAGGGUUCGGUAUGCAGUGUACAGGGCAGUACCGAGCCUCUGUCAGGGUUGCGGCCGUUGACAAGUGUGACUGUGACAAGUUCGACUUUGCGGCUGCCAAGUCGCUCAACAAGGAAGGUCUGAACAGGUUUGUCCAGGACCGCACUACCAUCGCUGCCCUCAAUGACCGCCUGGUCAGGCUUAUUGAACUGGCCCGUAGUUUUGAGGAGGAGAAUGAGUCUCUUGAAUGUGAGAUUGUGGAGCUAGAGGAGAAGCUGAACAGUCAACAAGCCUCCUCAAGAACCACUUCUGCUGUGGCUCAACCUGACCAUAGCUUGAAUGCAGUUGUGGAAAGACUGCGCAAGGAGAGGCUAGAGAUUCUGUGUGAAUCUGAGGAGCUACAGAAAGAGCUUGACUGUCUGAAGGAAGGCUACGAGAAGGCGGCACAGCAGAGGAUCCUCCUCCAGCAAGAACGACAAGAUGUUGCUGAGGAAGUGGAUGCUGUGACAGCGGAGUGUUUGGCGCUGAGGGAGCGAGCGGCUAUCUACGAGGAGCAGCUGGCCAACACGGAGGCCCAGCACAAGAUGGCAAUGGAGAGUCUGCUGGAGCCAGCUGAAGGGACUAUGGGAGCAGUGGCAGCUAUUAGAUUUAGCAGCCCUGACAUGACUCCGGCCCUGGAUGUAAAGGAGUACUACUGCCAGCUGGCUGAGAGCCUCCAGUAUGAAUGUGGUGCAGACUCUUCUGCUGUGGUUCAAUGUGGUGAUGGAAAACAACUGGAAGUGGGAGAAGCUGUAAGGUCAAUGGUCAAAGACUUGCCAAAGAUAAAGGACAUCCGUGAGAUGAAGAUGCUGAUUUCAGAGCUACAAAAGGAGCUUGCUGAGCUUGAGAAGUGUAAUGAGGAGCUGGAAGAUGAGGUGGAGGUGAAGAAGGCUGCAUACAUGGAUGAGAUUACUGAGUUGGAGUGUACUAUAGAUGAAAUGCAGCACCAGGAGGCCGACUUCAAAGCGCAGAUGAAGGAGCAGUGUGAAGACUACAAGGGGCUGCUCAGCGAGAAGAUGGCCAGAGACAUGGAGAUUGUUGCCUACAGGAGUCUGGUGGAGGAAGAGGAGGAGAGGCUGUGCAACCUGUGGAAUGAGGCCGAAUAGUCAGACUGGCCGGCUGGAUAUUGGCUGGAUGCUCCCCCACACAUGGAUUAGAAAACAGACAAAAAAAAAAUCGUGAAAACCAGACCCAGCACUAGGAUGAAGCUUAAGGUACCAACGCAGCAAUUUGAGCUGAUGUAAACUUAUCAUGACGGAUAAAUGCUGUCUGGAGACCUAAGCUGGGCCAUUGAUAACAAGUCGCUGGCAGACGACCCCAAGACUCGAAGAAAGAUCGAGCUGUCUAAAACUGUGAGGGAGGUAGGAGGACGGGGGCUCUGCGAUGAGUGUGUAUUUCCAUUCAGUGUCUGGCAGUGAUAUUUCCUUAAGUGGGUUUUAUCUUUACCAGCUCACUGAUAUGAUUCAUAAAUGCUUUGUAACCUCUUUGUCGAACAAGUCUCACACACAUAUAGACACACACACAAGCUAAAUUGUGCGGCUCCGUGGAAUCAUUCCCCCUCUGAUCCCACCUCGUCCAUCACUCAAACUUUGUCUGAUUACCAGCUCUUAACCCUUGAACCCUUCACUGUUAACAAACAUAUUGACAGCUCCUUCUCUUCAGUAACUUAAAACAUUUCACUGUCCUUUUGCUUUUACAGUCAUGCAUUCUUGUUGGUUUUACAUAUAACUGUGUUUGCUUUUCAAAUGGUUCAUGAAGUUGUUUUUCUGCAGCUCUUAAAAAUCAAGCACCUGGAUCUUUCUACAAGAAAAGCCAGUGUGAUGCAUUAUUCCUUCCCGAAAAGCAGUGUCCCAAUUUGCUGCCAUUUCAGAAAUAAGCAUUUGGUAAUACAUUCCUUAGUAAUCUUUUCCUUAUUUUCUACGAGCUGUCUGUGAUAAAUCAUUUUUGGUCCCUGCU